GCCAGCAGAUGGCAUGCUCGGCGAUGACUGGCUUCAGUUGUCAAAAUAUUCUGAGGCCGGCACAGUAUCACCUAUUUCGCAGAAUGGAAAGUAGUCCGGCGAGAACAGCUUUGAGUAUUGUGUCUGAAGCCAAUGAGAAAUUCUGCUUCGACCUGUACAAAGCUUUAUGCAAAACUACAGGCAGUUUCCUUUACUCACCAUAUGGUGUGGAGGUUGCAUUAUCUCUUGUUUAUCUGGGAGCUAAGGAAAGAACUGCUAAGGAAGUUGCUGAUACUCUGCAUCUACCACCAGACAAAAAAACAAUUUUGGAUGGUUUGAGUGAUCUCCUGCAAUCCAUCAAGUGCACCGAUGGAUCCAUGCUUCAUACUGCCAGCAAGAUGUAUAUCCAUAACAAGUUUACCAUUAUGGAGAGUUUUUUAGCAGAUGCAGUGAGACUUUUAGCAGAAGCUGAAUUGGUAGACUUUGAAAAUGAACCAGAUAAAGCUAGAACAAUUGCUAAUGAAUGGGUGCAAAAGAAAACUGACAAUAAAAUCAAGAAUUUCAUUGCUGAUGGUGCUCUGGAUCCCAUGACACGUUUAGUCUUGAUAAAUGCUGUUUAUUUCAAAGGAAAAUGGGAACAUCCUUUUUCUAAGCAUAGCACUUUCCCUAUGCCAUUCUAUAUGUCUUCAUCUCAAUCUAAGGAGGUGUCAAUGAUGCAACAAGAAAGAGAAUUUAUGUAUGCCAACUUGCCAGAACUAGAAGCACAAAUACUUGAACUUCCAUAUCAGCUUCUUCCAUAUUCCUUAUUCCCACAUUGGAUUUAUAUUCAAGAGGACAGUGAUUCAAGUGUCUUACUGGCAGUCCUGGUUCAAGUUUUCUUUGGUUUCCCUAAACUGAUUAAGGGUAAUCAAUUGAGUAUGUUGGUGAUUUUGCCUAAUCAAAUUGAUGGAAUUAAUGAGCUGGAAAAUAAAAUCAUGAAAGUCAAUCUUCAUCAAAUAUCAGACAAACUAUAUCCCAUGAAAGUAAAUGUUUUGUUGCCUAAAUUUAAUAUAGAAAAAGAAAUGCAGCUCGAUGAAAUACUGAAACAGCUGGGAAUGAAAGAGAUUUUUGAUGAGAAACUAGCAAAUUUAAGUGGAAUAAUAGGCAGUUCACUUUUAUGUGUCAGUCAGAUAUUCCAUAAGGCAUUUAUUGAAGUCAGUGAGGAAGGAACCGAGGCAGCAGCUGCAUCUGGUGUCAUGUGUCGUCAGAAGAGAUCUCUCCAGGAGGUCAUCUCAUUUACAGCGGACCAUCCAUAUCUCUUUUUUGUAUUACACAAAGACAGUAACACAGUAUUAUUUUGUGGGCGGUUUUCUUAAUUUAACAUUUUUCCUGUACCUCCAUUAUAGGAGUAAUAAAUGAUAAUAUACAUGAA